CUGGAAAAUUCUAGAGGUUUUCUGUGCACAAGACGUAUAAGCACACGUUAGGUUCCCAGCUCCUCCAGUGUGCAUUGUUUUUCUUUGGUUUCCCUGUUUGGGACCCCCGGGAGAUUGUGUCCGUGUGUUCUACGCGGCAUCGAUGUCCGCUCCGGAUUAAAUUGGAUGUAUUCAGAAGCCGCUCGUGAGCUAUAGAUGGCUUCAACGAUAUCACAUACUCGCGAAAAUUUACGCUUCAAAAUUUAGCCAUACCAAUUGAACUUGUGAAGGCCAAUUACUUUUACUUUGUUAUAUGUAUGCUACUGAGUGCAGGCAAGGCAAAACUACUUCCGCAGAAAAUGUUACGUGCCUUAAUCGGUUUUUCGUGAAUUAAUAGUGCAUUUGUCGCGAGUCACCCUUCUGGGUGCGCUUCGUUUGGCUAUAUGGCCGACAAUUCAUUCGCCGCUAGGGCCAAAAGGUCACGCUUCGAUGAGCAGUUCGAUCGAGAGUUCAGUGGCUUCGAUCCGUCCAGCAAUGCAAAAAGCACCCAAAGGUUCAUCGGAAUCCUCGAUCAGCUCGAUUCGAAAGUGGAAAAGCUGCGCAAGGACGCGCUGAUGCUGCAGGAGAAGAAAGAUUUCCUGGCCAUGUCGAUGGAUUUGCUGAAGAACAACGAAUAUUUGACCGGACUGAACGAAAGUGAAUACGAAGAAAUCAACUGUUACGUCCAGCGGAUAAGCGGUCGGUUGGCGACGGUCGAGCUAAGCGUUUGCACGGUUCGCGAUCGAGCUCAGGAGGAUUCCCUGCAUUUGGUGAACAGUUUGAUUGACGAGAUCAUCUCCAGCUCGGAUGCGGUGCUGUCCCGACUGCGCUGCCAGCAGUUCCUCAAUGCCUGCAGCACAACUGACACGACCAUCUACACCGAACUGGACCCGGCCAUGUGUUCGGAUAAGAAGUUUGAAUGUGCCCUGCUCGGUUGUACCCUGGACGAUCAAAAGACCAUCAAGAAGCGUCUGCAGGCACUGUUGGAUUACCUCAUCAAGCAAACAGUUGUCCAUUGAGGGCAAAACCGAUGAACGUAAUCGUGAUUCUUAAGCGAACGCUCCUCUCCAACAUGUGUCAGCUGUACAGCAGUUAGAUUAACAUAUUUUAGUUUGAAUAUAAUGUGUCGAACCGGGCGCAAUAGCAUAUACUUAGUACUUAGAGUAGAGAGUAGAAUUUUUGAGGUGGGAUUGACAUUUCCGUUUGCAUCCUUCUACCGUUAAAAAGAACCGUCAAUAGGAAAUAAUAUGUAGUGUUCAGAAGGUCGACACAGAGGCAAACGAUUGUAAGUCCUAGUUUAAAUUCGUAUGAUUUCCACCACCAGUAAGUGCAGUUAGGGUGUAAGAGCAAUGCAAUAAGUCUGAUGAAUCGUUAUAUGAAUAAAAUUGCGUGGCGUCCCAAA